UCACCAUUUUCUAAGGGAAUCAGAAAAAAAAGUCGAAACUUUCCUUCUCAUUUUCUCCAUUACAAAUUUUCUUCAGCGAGCAUCUUUAGUGUUUAUCACUUUCCUCCUACGAUUCAAUUUUCCAAUUCUGUUCCUCGCAGCUGCCGGAGAUGGCGGAGGAGCGGAGCAUAAACGGCGAAGCGACUGGACAUGAGGAUGACCGUUUCUUCGAGUCCGAUCAACAAGACGAUGCUGGAAAGUCGACGGAAUUGAGUCGAAAGAUCCGAGAGCUCGAAUCCGGAAAUCAGCAGCUGGCGCGGGAUAAUGGUGAACUCAGCCGGAAAAUCGAGACCUUGACGGCGGAGAUCGAGGAGCUGAGAGGAGCCGAAUCCAAGGCGAGGCGUAAGAUGGGUGAGAUGGAGCGAGAGAUCGACAAGUCGGACGAGGAGAGGAAGGUUUUGGAGGCCAUAGCUGCGAGAGCCUCGGAGCUCGAGACCGAAGUGGCACGGCUUCAGCACGAGCUGGUCACGGCUCAGACGGAAGGGGAAGAGGCUGCGGCGGAGGCGAAGAAGCUCCGGUCUGAGAUUUCACAGAAAGGGGAUGGAAUUGAGGAAUUGGAGAAAGAGGUCGCUGGUUUAAGGACUGUAAAGAAGGAGAACGAGAAGAGAAUGAAGGAAUUGGAGACAAAGCUUGGCGCUUUGGAGGUUAAGGAGUUAGAGGAGAAGAACAAGAAGGUCCGUGCAGAGGAAGAGAUGAGAGACAGGAUUGACAGUAAAGAGAAAGAGGUGGAUGAUUUGAAGGAGAAGAUCAAGGGUUUGGAAUCGAAGGUAGCAGAGGGAAAAGCAGAGUUGCAGAAGUGUAAAACAGAGAAGAUGGUUGUGGAGGAUUCGUUGAGAGAGUCAGAGAAGAAAGUGGUGGCUAUGGAAUCAGAGAUUGUGGAGUUAGAGAGACAGAUGGAUGAGUCUGAGAAGAUGAUCAGUGGAUUGAAGAAUAUGGUUGAGCCAAUUAAUGGCAUUGAGCUCAAGUCAUGGUCGCCGACUGUAACUGCUGGUUCUGGUGGAGCUGUGGCGGCGGUUGCGGUUGCAGUGGCGGGAGCAGCCGUCGUCUGUUACAUUUACCACUCGAAGAGGGCUUAAUUCGAGGUAGAAUUUUAUGAACUUCAUUUCUUUGUUUCCUCCUUUGGGAGUGUUUCCUACGUAACUUUCUUUGUUAUAUGCUUGGGGAUUUUGUUGAUUUCACAAUUUUGGAGUCUUCUUUAUUUUGUGUUUGCUUACAUCUUUCAUUA